UUGCUCUGAUCUUGCAGUACUUUGUGGAGAAGCCCAUCUGUAAGGAUGCGCUCUUUAACGCUGUUAUUAUGCAUCUUGUCUAUGUGUAACAGAUUAAUUGCUCAGUUUGAGCCUUUAUUUGACGAUACCUACAACUGGCGCAGGCCUUUUCGUUGGAGAUAUGAUGAUCAUACUUUUAUGCAUCCUUUCGAUGAUUUUAAAGAGCCGGACUUCGACCAGGCACCAAAGUUUGUGCUGGUGACUCCGGCAGUGCUAAGAGUGGAAAAUAAAGAAAACAUCCUGCUGGAGGCAUUUGGACUUUCCGAGCCUGUCAGUGUUUCUCUCUCAGUAUACGAUUUCCCAGACAAGUCAAGGCAACUGUGGCAGGGAACCAUCACCCUCAACUCAAAUAAUAACUACAGCUUCCUCCAAACCAUCACGAUUAAUCCAAGCCUCCUGCGGCCAGAAGAGAAAGAGACCAAGUAUAUCCAGCUAGUUGCCCAAUUUGGACACUUCCAGGAGAUUAACCAAGUCAGUAAAGUGUCCUUUCUGUCUGGUUACAUCUUCAUCCAGACUGACAAACCCGUCUACAACCCAGGAGACACAGUGCGUUGCCGAGCGUUUGUUUCUAACGCAGAUUUUCAGGCUUUCGACAGCACCAUUUCCGUUGAAAUCCAGAAUCCCGAUGGAAUUACAGUCUAUUCCACACCGAGAAGCAAAGCAGCAAACGGCAUUCUUUCCAACACUUACGGACUCUCGGACAUUGUCAAAGAGGGCAAGUGGAAGGUUGUUGCCAAAUUUGACCACUGGAAAGAGAACACGUAUAGUGCAGAUUUUGAGGUGAAAAAGUAUGUGCUACCAGCAUUUAAUGUUACGCUAAUACCGAAAAAGACCCACUUCAGUUUGGAAGAUCAGGAGUUGAACGUGGAAGUGUAUGCCAGAUAUGUGUACGGCGAGAAAGUAGAAGGUGUCGCAUACGUGGUGUUUGGAGUAGAGAGAAAUGGGGAGAAAGUGCGACUCCCAUCCAUGAAGCAAGUAAAAAAUCUGGAUGGCGGGAUAGCCACUCUGACUAUAGCUGAGCUUAAGAACGCGUACCCUGAUAUCAACAGCAUAGUGGGCUCGUCCAUAUAUGUGAAAGCUUCCGUCAUAACCAGCACAGGAAGUGACCUAGUGGACGCAGAGAAGACGGGCAUCAAAAUCGUCUUAGCACCAUAUGUGAUCGCCAUCAAGGACACACCAAGGUUUUAUAAAUCGGGCCUACCAUUUGAAGUGACGGUUACAGUUAGCCACCAUGAUGGCUCCCCAGCUCCAAACGUUCCUGUUAAAAUCACCUUACUGCCCACUCCCAUCACAGUCCACAGCGGCACCAUCAAAGUCUCUCUUAAUAUGCCUUCUGGCAUGAACCCUGUGACAUUAACAGCAGAGACUGUAAUCCCAAAUUUGAAGCAGGAACAGCAGACGAAGGCUGAUUGGUUGCUGGAGCCGUACUCACCUUUUAAUCCUGCACGGCUGAAUCAGCUUUACAUCACGCUAGACACGACUACAGUGAAAGCUGGACAGACUUUAAACUUCAAGCUGCACCUGAGCACCUUCUCACCGAAAGAAAGAAGCUACCUACAGCACAUUUCCUACAUUGUGUUGAGUAAGGGGAGAAUAGUCCGUGCUGGCAGGGUAAAUGUUGGAGGGCAUGAAGUGACUAACGUUCCCCUGCUGCUGACUUCAGAGAUGCUGCCUGCGUUCCGCUUCGUGGCAUACUAUGUAUUGCCGUGGCACUAUAGAGUGGAGGUGGUGGCCGAUUCCGUUUCAGUGGAUGUGGAGAGCUGUUGUGUGGGAUCACUCAAGGUUGAACCAUUGAAGGGAGAGGUGAGGGACACGUAUGCACCAGGCGACAGCUUUAGCUUUCAAGUUAGGGGCGACCCCGGAGCAAAGGUCAGCCUGGUCGCUGUGGACAACGCUGUGUUCCUGCUGAGUAAGAGCCGGCUGACGCAGAGGAAGAUUUGGGACACGCUCAGACAGGGGGAUCUGGGUUGCUCGUCAGGUGGAGGGAAGAAUAGCAUGGGUGUGUUCCUGGAUGCAGGCCUGAAUUUUCAGUCCAGCUUCAGAGUAGAAACCAAUGAAAGAAGAGGCAAACCAUGUCACUGGAAGUCCAGGAAGAAGCGUUCUGCUGAACAACUGCAUCUCAGAGCCCAGCUCGAGAAAACCUAUUCUGACCGGUUUCUACAGCGCUGCUGCUCUGAUGGCAUGAGGGAGAUUCCCAUGCCGUAUUCAUGCCACCGUCGUUCUCUUUACAUCACUGAGGACUGGAGCUGCGUGAUGGCUUUUCUCCAGUGCUGCUCGAAGUACAGGGGCGAAGUUCUGGGCAUUAUCACACCACCACCACCCACCGCUUCAGAGCCAACCACACCAGUGCCAACCACCAUGCGACGCGUCUUAGAUGAUGUACACAGGACGGAGAUGUAUCAUAGAGUGGUUAUGAGCAGUUCUCCAUUUGGUCGACAAGGCUUAGGAGCUUCCAGUCCUCAUAUUGCUCGCGGUCCUCCCCCCCGUGAUGGGCAUGUAGUCCUGGCAUCAGUAGAGGAAACAGAGGAGGAGUAUGAUGAUGAGGACUAUGAGCUGGAUGACAUUUAUGUUCGCACCAAGUUUUUGGAAUCCUGGCUGUGGACUGAUGUCAAACUUCCUGAAGCACCCCAGGCAGAUGGAUUGGCUGUCUUGCCAGUGGAUUCCGUUCUCCCUGACAGUAUCACUCAGUGGGGGAUUUUGGGUGUUAGUGCAUCAUCUAAGACAGGUUUCUGUGUAGCCGAGCCAUUCAACAUCCGAGCCUGGAUGCGUUUCUUUAUCGACCUUCGUCUUCCUCGCACCGCAGCCAGAAAUGAGCAUGUGGAAAUCAAGGCCGUGCUGCACAACUACAUGAACGAGAACAUGAAGGUGCUGGUGGUCCUAACCAAGACGGAGGACAUGUGCAGUGUGGCGUAUACCGAGGAUCAUAAGCAGGAGGUGCUGGUGCGAGCUCGCUCCUCCGUGCUCAUCCCCUACACCGUAAUCCCGCUCCGAGCAGGAGAGCUCCCCCUGCAGGUCACUGCCGUGUCGCGUAGCUUCAUUGGACAGGACGCGAUCCGCAAAAACCUCCGUGUGGUGGUGGAGGGCAUUCAGAAGAUGGAAGUGAGGAGUUUUGUGUUGAAUCCUGCUGAAAAAGGAGACAGCGAUGGAAAUCAGCUGAUUCAGGUGGAUAAAGCUAAACUGAGUUCAGUGGUUCCGAACUCACUUCCAGAAACAUAUGUCAACGUCAGAGGCAGUUUGCUAGCCGACAGCAUUGAUAACUCCAUCAAUAAGGACUCACUGGCGGCCCUGAUCCGGAUGCCCGGAGGCUGUGUGGAGCAGAACCUGGCUAGCAUCACACUGCCGCUCAUCGCUGUUCACUAUCUGGACCGCAGCUCACAGUGGGAGAGUGUGGGUUUUCAGCGCAGAGAUGAGGCUCUCCUCUACAUAAAGAAAGGCUAUGAGAACCAGCUUCAUUAUCGCAAAACAGAUGACUCAUAUCCACCGUAUCGGAAUGAAGGAACCAGCACCUGGAUCACAGCGUUUGUGGUGAAGGUGUUCUCCAUGGUUUAUCCGUUUAUCACAGUGGAUAAGCAGCACAUAUGUGGCCCGCUGCUCUACCUGCUCAAGCACAAGCAGUUCUCAUCUGGGGCGUUCAAAGAGGACAACCCAGUCUAUACCACCUCCAUGACGGGAGGUCUUCAGGGUGCUGAAUCCAGAGAAACUCUGACUGCGUUUGUACUGAUUGCAUUGGCUGAAGCUCAGAGUGCCGCUACCUGCAGUGAUCCAGAAAUAAACAUGGAGGUGAGGUUCAGAAGAGCAGGAGAGUAUCUGAAGGAGCAAUACCACCGGCUGCGCAGGCCAUAUUCUGUCGCAAUUGCAUGUUAUGCCCUGGCUGUGAGCAAUCAAGGCUGCUCGAAGAGUGUGCUGCUGAAAUUGGCAUCACCAGACCGCACACACUGGCCAGAUGCAGACAAUUCCUUCUUCACAUUGGAGGCGACAGGUUACGCACUGUUAGCCCUGCUUAAAGGUGGCCAUUUUGAGGAGGCAGCCGCUCCGUUCAAGUGGCUGAAUCAGCAGCGAAGGGUUGGGGGAGGAUACGGAUCCACACAGUCCACCAUGGUGGUACUACAGGCUCUGUCAGAGUACCUAGUGAAGAAACCCCCUCCGUCUGACAUGAACCUGCGGGUGGACCUCAGUGUUUCUGGUCGCUCGGAUAUGAGCUGGUCCUUCACCCCUCGACUGGCCCAUUUGGCACGUUCGUCUCGGGUCCCUCUAGAUCAGGACUUUACAGUGCGCGCCUCAGGAAAUGGCCAAGGAAUCCUGGAGGUGGUAACAGUUUACAAUGAGUUGCCCAAUGAGCAUGAGAAGAAAUCCUGUAAUGGCUUUCAAUUGAACGUUUCCAUUACGGAAAGCAACGAGAAGCCUCCAGCAGAUGUAGAGAAGGUGUACAAACUCAGCAUCAGUGUGAGAGCUCUGGAGCAGCAUCAAGUGCGCAUGGCAGUCCUUGACAUCAGUCUGCCUACCGGCUUUGAACCAGAAACCUCAGACCUCGAGCUGCUGGCCAACUCUGUGGAUCGCUAUAUCAACAAUUUCCAAGUUGUAGAUAAUCUGAGCGAUCGAGGAUCUCUCAUCAUUCAUCUGUUCAAGGUAUCCAACAAAGAGGAGGACAUCAUCUCCUUCAGGCUGAACCAGAAGUUUAAAGUGGGCCUCCUGCAACCGUCUACAGUUACUGUAUACCAGUAUUACAACAAAGAUAAACAUUGCAGCAAGUUUUACACUCCAUCAGAGGACAAAGAGCAGCUCAGUCAGAUCUGUAAAGGCAACAUUUGUCGCUGCACACAGGGCAACUGCUGCGUGAUGAAGACAGCUGCUCAGACAAUCACAGCGAGGAGCAAGGCUGCGUGUAGUGGAAUCCACCAUGUGUAUAAGGUCAGAGUGUUGAGUGUCAGUAAGAGCCAAUAUGACAGAUAUGAGCUGGAGAUCCUGCAAGUCAUAAAAGAAGGUUCCGAGUUUGGUCUAAAGGAAAAGGACACACGAGUGUUUCUCUCUCAUGCUGGCUGUAGGGCGGGACUUAAUCUACUUAAAGGGCAAGACUACCUCAUCAUCGGGCCAUCCUCUGACAUUUGGCAAGCAGGCAGUGACAAGAACGGGUACACAUACACUCUGGGGAAGGACACGUGGGUGGAGCACUGGCCGUCAUCAGCUGAGUGUAACGCUGGGGCGCAAAACAAGUGCACAGAGCUGGAGAAGUUUACAGCAGAAUUGCAGGACACCGGCUGCCAGACGUGAGAACCACACACACACAGGGCUGUCUGUGUUCACUGCUUUAACAUACGCGCACGUGCAAUCACAAAUAUGUUGUAUAUCAUAAAGCAUUGAUGUGAGUUUAAGUGUCUAUGUUACAUACAAAUCUCUAUCAUAGUGAAACUUUUCCAAUAUAAAAGGCACACAGAUCUAAAUAAAGCUUUAUAUUAGCAGUGA